AUGCACAACCUCCCCGCUCACACGACGAAGCACUGCCAGGAGCUGGCUUACACGCUGCCGAAUGGGACUGAUGUCACCAUUGCCCAAGACGACGCGUCCAUUGAUAGCACUGGUCGAACGGUCUGGCUUGGCGCGCAAGUGCUCAGCAUCUACCUGCAGCACAUGCUAGGGAGAGCUCGCCGGGGAUGGAGGGCUAUCGACCUAGGAUCCGGGACAGGCCUCGUCGCGCUCACCCUCGCCUCGCUUGGCUACGACACGCUUGCGACCGACGUGGACUUUAUCGUCGACGGCGUCUUGCGGCGGAACGUCGAGGCGAACCGGCAGAAGCUGCGGGAAGGGGGCGGAGGACGGCUCGAAGCGCGUACGCUGGACUGGUUUGUCGACCCGUCUAGCUGGCCUUUCAGCAGCGAAGGUGGCGACACAGGACAGGCCUCGGAGGCGAUGAUGUCAAUACAGCCGCCAUUCAACCUCAUCACGACAGCCGACACAGUCUACGACCCGUCCCUCUCGACUCCGCUCCUUUCGACUCUCCGCUUCCUCUCGCUUCUCUCGUCAUUACCACCGCCAAUCUACCUCGCCCUUGAAGCGCGAGAUCCAGCCCUCGUCGCCGCCUUCUUCCGCGCGGCGGUGGACGAUUUUGGCUUCAAGUGCGCGAGGAUCGAGCAUGCUCAGGUCAAGAAGCUGGUCGAAGACAAGGAAGGGACGCUCGGCUGGGAGAACGAAGAGGACUGGGAAGGAGUUGAGCUGUGGAAGCUCAAGCUGUCUCGGGCGGCAGCAGGGGAAGAGCGGAGACGACGCCAGUGA